CUGCAGCCACGAGCUGCAAAUGUAUAAAUUUGUUCGGCAUCCACCCAUCAUGUUGCGCACCAAUACCUUGUAUUCCUCCUCAUCCAUCAAUCGGCAUUGGCGGCUCCCCACGACUGCCUCACUACAAGUCCCGAUUGUCUUUCGGCCGCCGAUUCAUCUUAGAUCAAAUAACUUCGUGCUCAGCAUAUCGCGCCAGAGUCAUUCGUCCGCCCAGAAAAACAUGCCUGUACCUGCAUUAUCCACCCUUCAACAUGUUACCGAGAAGAAGCUAAACAAGCUUGCGCGCCACCAACAAAACUUUGAAUCGGAAAAACAGUCAAUCCUGAGGGAUGUAGCGGCGACCGAUGAUCCUAGAGGCAAGGUGCAGGCGCUUCUGGAAGGCUUCAAGAGGUACGGUGUGAAGCCAAGAUCGCCCACUCUUUCUACAAAAAAUCUCGAGAUCUUUGUCCGUCAAGCGGAGCACGACCCAUCCGUAUCGGCAACUCUUUUGAGCGAUUGGCAACGCAGGCUCGAGCAUGAACUGGAUAUAUCCAGCGCCAAGUACGAUUACACGGCCUUGUUUGGAAGACUCGUCAUGGAAUGGAUCAAAAACCCCAACCCAGCAACUUCAGGGCAUGGAGAACGUUCUACGACUAGCGACUCAGACUCUGAGACUAGCGGAAGUUUCGAUACAAUCGGACGCAAGGAAAUGCAUGAGCAGCGAAAAGAGUGGGAAAGUUAUGCAUUUGUGGAGCGCAAGGUCGAUGAAGCCAAGAUCGAGUCUUACCUCACAGACAUUUUCACAUCCAAACGAGAGUACAUUGUUGAAAAGUCCCCUCUAGAGAAGAUAAGACAUCAGCUACGAUAUGUUAUGGACUUCAAAUCCGAUCUGAAAACUCCGGAACCAAACGACGGAACAAAACCUCCAGUCCCGGCUGAGAAUGAGUACCGAUUUACGACAGAGAAACUCAAGUCUUGCAUCAAGGGUGUUCUGAACUCGGACCUCCUCGCUGGAAAAAAAAGGCAGGCGUUGGUCGACCUUCAAAGUCAACCCGAAGUGCUAAAAGAACUUGUUGUUGUCUUGAAUAUGGAUUUGGAGGAGUUGGACGAAUGGGAAUGGGAACCAACACCCGUUCCACUCUUUAUGAGGCGCCAACUCAACGGGAAGUACCGUGUCUACAUGGACGAGGAAACCCACCAAGCAAUACUAUUGCACUUUAUCGGCAAAAUCUGGAGUACCGCAGUGAAGAGUGCAUUCACCUCAUUCGCUCAUUCCAGCGAGUGGAAAUAUGCCGCCCGUUCGAUCAUGGGAGUGCAGUCUCGAGAACGACGAAAGUAUUUCCUGGAUGAAUCCCAGAGCACUCGUGACCCGACCCGAAUCAUUCGACGUAAACAGUACUGGGAUGAGUACUUCAUGUUGCAGUUGCCUGAGCACAGCUUUGAGGAUGUUCGAGACUAUAAUGCCGAGGACCAGAAGUCUCAACCGGAGAAAUCGCCUUUCACAACAAAGCAGAAUAUGCUGCGUCUCCUCACCACCGAGAUGCUCCUCAACAAGAAGUUGUACGGUGAAUUCACAGUUGUACAGUCCGACUUCAAGUGGUUCGGGCCCUCGUUUCCUCAUGCGACGAUCUUCACGGUGUUGAAAUUUUUCGGCGUUCCAGAAAAAUGGCUGCGCUUCUUCAAGAAGUUCUUAGAGGCCCCCGUAGUUUUCGCGCAGGACGGACCGAAUGCUGAAAGCCACGUACGAAAGUGUGGAAUCCCAAUGUCUUACGUCUUGAGUGACGUGCUUAGCGAGGCUGUCCUGUUCUGCCUUGAUUUUGCCGUCAACAAGCGAACACAAGGAGCAAACAUUUAUCGAUUCCAUGACGACCUAUGGGUCUGGGGUCAAGAGACAACCUGUGUUGAAGCAUGGGAUGCCAUUCGCCUUUUCACCCAUAUAAUGGGUUUGAACCUAAACGAGGAGAAGACCGGGGCAGCAUUGGUAUUAUCACGAGCAGAAAAGCGGGACGUACACCCCAGCCUCCCCCAAGGAAAAAUAAAAUGGGGAUUUCUAUACCUCGAUGCUGCCGCCGGUCGCUGGGUAAUCGAUCGCGCUCAAGUCGAUGAGCACAUUGAAGAACUACGGCGUCAACUCUCAGCCUGCCGCAGUGUAAUGGCAUGGGUUCAAGCAUGGAACAGCUAUGUUAGCCGUUUUUUCCGGGCCAACUUUGCUGAUCCAGCGAAUUGCUUCGGGCCAAAACACAACGAGAUGAUCAUUGCAACAUUCAAACAUAUACAAAAGAGAUUAUUCACGGAAAUGGGCGCUACCAAUGUCACCGACCAUCUCCGCAGCCUUCUCAAGCAGCGGUUCGACACAGACGACUUUGUGCCUGAUGGAUUUUUUUACUUUCCAGUUCAACUCGGUGGCCUUGGAGUGCGCAAUCCGUUUAUUGAUGCCUUCGCGACAUCCAAAAAAUCAUUUCGCAACGGCGAGGACCAGAUCGAACGUGCCUAUGAGCUGGAACACGAACGCUACAAACAACUCGAAGAACUUUGGAAAGAGGGCAAACUUGGACAGAACCAGAUCACCCGCAAAAAUCUACCCAAAGAUGCGUCUAACAUCGAGAAUGAACCGUUUAUGAGUUUCGAGGAGUACAUCAGAUAUCCAGAGGAGACAUCGUCAUAUGUCGCUUUAGCUUACGAGCGGCUCAUGAGGUCUCCAGAGGAAGAGAUUAUUGAAGCGUCCGCAGAAAUGCUCACAGCUAUUCGGAACCUGGGUUUGACUGACACAACGUACUGGAGAUGGAUCCACAACUUGUAUGUGGGUGACAUGAAGCAGCGCUUUGGAGACCAGGGGCUUCAACUCGGAGAACGUGAUCUAUUGCCUCUGGGGCUAGUAGAUAUGUUGAAAAGUGAAAAGGUCCGCUGGGAAGGUUGACGAGAGAACGAACACAAAUCGAGCCUCAUGAAUUUGUAAUACACAGCAGGUGUGAUGAAAGUGAAUUUUAGAAACUCAACUUCUGUACAAAACUGUUAGAUACCCCACUUAGCAUUACUAUAGAAACAAUAAACCCCUAUCUUCAAUAUAGAGAUACGUUUUGUUCAAUUUCCCACUUACUCAUAUAAGAAGAGUUAUUCAUACUCAGACUAACUAGAGGUAUAGAAUUUCCGUUGCUAAAACUAGAUAAGUUCAACUGUAUACUAUCAUAGGUGCAAUGCAUUACAUGUAUGCAGCAAAGUCCCUUCGGCAUCACACAUGACCACCUGUCGU